AUGGAUUGCAGAUGCUGCUCGGUGUUACCAGUUUCAUGGAAGAGAAAGGAUGGUCGUCUAAGGUACGAGUUGUUAAGAAAAGAUGUCGAUGAUGAUUUUGAGGAAUCAGAAAAAGUGAGUGUUAUAGUGGGAAAAGAGAGGAGGAUGUUUGUGGUGGACCCAUUUGUUCUUGGCGAGAAGCCUUUUAGGGUUUUGAUGGAGACGACCGAGUCAGAUAUCAGAAGAGAAGAAAGAACCAUUUUUGUGAAUGUGGACGCCAUUUUGUUCGAGCACAUGUUGUGGCUCAUUCAUAAUGACCUUUCGUCUUCCUGCAAAUUCAGUUGGAAGGAGAUCAUUGAUUUCUAUUCUGAUGAGUCUGAUGAAUCAUAA